AAAAAGGGGUGUGGACAUGUGUGUGUUUCUUCCUUUUUUUAUCGUAAUGAAUUUGUUUUGCAGAUUUUGAAAGAAACUAAUAGGUAUUAUCCAGGAUAUUUCCCACGAAUUCUUAUCUGAGUUCCACAUCUUUGAGAAUGAUCCCUGUGCUUUUCAAACCCCGUGUUUUGAGUGGGGCCACUGGUGUCUAAAAAGAGUUGCUUUGAAACCUUUCCUCCGUAAGCACCAGAAGAGAACUCCUAACAAGGAAGACAACGGCAGAUGCAAUCGCGGAUGUGGCUUCGUCCUUGCAGCUGGCCCAGUGAGCUGUUCCCCGUGCAUCGUCCUCAGGAAUGAAUCCAGAAGAACGAGUCGUGACCUGGCUGAUAUCUUUGGGAGUUUUAGAUUCCCCGAAAAAGACCAUCUGUGAUCCGGAGGAGUUCUUGAAGACCUCGCUGAAAAAUGGGGUAGUGCUGUGCAAGCUGAUCAACAGACUCGUGCCUGGCUCUGUGGGAAAGUAUUGUCUGGAGCCCCAAACUGAAGCCCACUGUAUCAGCAACAUCAAUGACUUCCUAAAGGGAUGCGCAGCCCUUCAAGUGGAGGUAUUUGAUCCUGAUGACCUUUAUUCAGGGGUCAAUUUCCCGAAGGUUCUGAGUACUCUUUUAGCUGUCAACAAAGCAACAGAAGAUCAGCUAUCAGAAAGACCAUGUGGACGUUCCUCUUCUCUUAGUGCUGCUAAUAGUUGUCAGGCGAACCCACAGGGAGCGGUUACCAGCACAGCUCCAGGGCUGCAGAGGCAGUCAAAGGCUGCGGAGAUGACAGAAAAUGGAAGUCACCAGUUGAUAGUAAAGGCAAGAUUCAAUUUUAAGCAGACAAAUGAAGAUGAGCUGUCAGUCUGUAAAGGGGACAUCAUUUAUGUCACUCGGGUUGAAGAAGGAGGCUGGUGGGAAGGCACAUUAAAUGGAAGAACGGGCUGGUUUCCUAGUAAUUAUGUCCGAGAAAUCAAAUCCAGUGAAAGACCUCUUUCCCCCAAGGCUGUCAAAGGAUUUGAUCCUGCUCCACUUACUAAGAAUUAUUAUACUGUGGUAUUACAGAACAUCCUGGAUACUGAAAAAGAGUAUGCAAAAGAACUCCAGUCUCUUCUUGUUACAUACUUGAGACCUCUGCAGUCCAAUAACAAUUUGAGUUCUGUGGAGUUCACAUCUUUGCUGGGAAACUUUGAGGAAGUAUGCACGUUUCAGCAGACUCUUUGCCAAGCCUUGGAAGAGUGUUCUAAAUUUCCAGAGAAUCAGCACAAAGUAGGAGGUUGCCUCCUGAAUCUCAUGCCUCAUUUUAAAUCUAUGUAUAUGGCUUACUGUGCGAAUCACCCCUCAGCAGUGAAUGUGCUCACCCAGCACAGUGAUGAGCUGGAACAAUUUAUGGAAAAUCAAGGUGCAUCCAGCCCAGGCAUCCUCAUUUUAACCACAAGCCUCAGCAAGCCCUUCAUGCGACUGGAAAAGUAUGUUACUCUCUUGCAAGAGCUGGAGAGACAUAUGGAGGAUACUCAUCCAGACCAUCAGGAUAUUUUGAAGGCAAUCAUAGCAUUCAAAACUCUCAUGGGGCAGUGCCAAGAUCUGAGAAAGAGAAAACAGCUGGAACUGCAGAUACUUUCCGAGCCUAUCCAAGCAUGGGAAGGAGAGGAUAUUAAAACCUUGGGAAACGUGUUGUUCAUGUCACAAGUCAUGGUGCAAUUUGGAAUGUGUGAGGAAAAAGAAGAACGGUACCUGUUGUUAUUUCCGAAUGCCUUGAUAAUGUUGUCUGCAAGUCCUCGGAUGAGUGGCUUUAUCUAUCAGGGAAAAAUACCAACAGCAGGAAUGGUGGUGACUAGAUUAGAUGAAAUUGAAGGAAAUGACUGCACAUUUGAAAUCACAGGCACCAUGAUAGAUAGACUUGUGGUCCAUUGCAACAACAACCAGGACUUCCAGGAAUGGUUGGAUCAGCUGAGCAGACUGAUCAGAGGACCUGCUUCCUGCAGUUCAUUGUCCAAGACAUCAUCAUCAUGUAGUGCUCAUUCGACAUUUUCCCAGUCUUUUAGCUCUACUGGACAGCCCCGGGGACCCUUGGAGCCUCCUCAAAUUAUAAAACCAUGGAGUUUAAGUUGUCUGCGACCUGCACCUCCACUUAGACCAUCAGCAGCUCUAGGUUAUAAAGAGAGGAUGUCUUAUAUCUUAAAGGAGUCUAGUAAAAGCCCCAAAACGAUGAAGAAGUUUCUUCAUAAAAGGAAGACUGAGAGAAAACCAUCAGAGGAGGAAUAUGUAAUCAGGAAAAGUACGGCUGCUCUGGAAGAGGAUGCUCAGAUUCUUAAAGUGAUUGAAGCCUAUUGCACCAGUGCCAAUCUUCAACCAGGCCAUGGCUCAAGUGCUCGCAAAGAUUCUGUUCCACAAGUCCUGCUACCAGAGGAAGAGAAGCUCAUCAUUGAAGAAACCAGAAGCAACGGGCAGACCAUCAUCGAAGAAAAGAGCCUUGUCGAUACUGUUUAUGCUCUGAAGGAUGAGGUCAAAGAACUGAAACAGGAGAAUAAAAGAAUGAAGCAAUGCCUAGAAGAAGAACUGAAGUCACGGAGGGACCUAGAAAAGCUGGUUCGGAGGCUGUUGAAGCAAACCGAUGAGUGCAUGCGAGCUGAGUCCGGUAGCAAGACGUCGCUUCUUCCAUAAGCCUCCCUGCGCAUGGAGAGGACGUGCUUUCAGGGCAUCUUGAAAUGUCUGGUCAAAGAAUUUGACUCAGUUUGCUCACUUUUUUGGCUUUUAGUUUGCAUUUGAACCUUUCUCCCUCUCAUUUCAUGUUUGACUAUUGGUCGUUUAAUUUUCCAACAGGGAAAAAAAAAAAGCAGAAAAUGAAGGUAGAAGUGACUCCAGUCUUUCCCAUUGAAGGAGAAAAGAAAGCUCAUGCAGGCAAACACCUUAAGUGGUCCUCAGAUGGCCUUCGGUUCACAGUGCCUCUACAAGAGCAAUGCCCUGAGCUGUGCUCAUUGCGCUGCUUGCUGCCGCGAAGCAGCUGGCCAUGGCUUAUUUAGUGUGAAACCUACCUUCCCCUAGCCAGCGCUUUCCUGUACCUGCUAGCCUCUCAGUAUCCAACAUGCUGAAGGCAGAGCUCCCAGAGCCGUGACUAGAGUAGGGUGAAAGAUGAACAAUUGCCCAGUGAGCCAGCUAUGCUCCCCUAAACUGUCAUGCACCACCCUCAAUCAAGCACACCACUUACAGUUAUUACUCUUUGUUGUCUCUAAAAUCAAGAAAAUAGCAGCACCUUUAUUCCUGUUGUGUUGGCGCAUGGCUUAGCUGAAGGAGGCAGGCGCUGGUCUUUUGUGCCAUCACCCAAUCCAUUGGACAAUCCUUCCCUUCUGCAGUGAAGCUGCCCAUCUUCUCCUGGCGCAUGAUAAGUUCCACCUAGCCUCCUGCCCACAGUGUACGUUUUCUGUUUCCCCAGUGCUUUUAGUCAACUGUACCAAAUGAUAUGUAAACUUGUAUGCUCUUUGUUUCCUUUUUUAAAAGUGUAAUUAGGCUGCAAGCAGUUACUUUACAUUGCAUUUUCAAGCUGUGACAUUUCAGCCUUCAAAGCACUCUGCACUGAGAAGAUAUUGUGCUCUUCUGACAGCUCUCAUGCACACUAUUACUCUCAUUUAUGCUAUGUGAAUCAUACUCAUCCAUGUCUUUCAAUAGGACUCUAAGCAUUAUUUGCAAAAAAUGUGCUGUUGGUUUGGUUUGUAUAAGAGAACGGUCUCUGUUCUGGCUACUAGCAGAGCUGAGUAUUUGCAACUGGUUUACUCAAAUUCCUGAUUGGAUGAGUGAACAGAACCAUACACAUCCAAAUUUGGCGCAAAGGAAAGUUAACCCAAAGUUCUAGCACUUGGCCUUCCCUCCUCUUAAGACAGGCCACCACGGGCUGUGACACUGGAAGCAGAGGCAAAGGCCAGUUGGUUGAUGAAAAUUGUCUUCCAGAUACACUGGUGGGUGUCUGUAAUGCGGAUUUUGCAAAUGUUUAGAAACCAAACACGAAACUUGGAAUCCUCAGCUAGCAGAGGAGCCUUUUUUUCCUCUCUGGUACUGAGGUCUCUAGAUCUCCAAGCCACAUGGUACAGGUCUGUGGUCUGCUUGCUGCACAGCAGGCAUUGCACCACCCGAAGGAAGUGGAUGAUUCCUGAAUCAUCACCCGUCACAAGGCACCUUUGGGAACCCUAGACACAAGAUUUCUAGGAAUGGCUGUUCUUUUUUUUGGCACAGAAGUUUGGGACUGAUAUCCUUCACCUAAAAAUUAUAACAACAUAGGUCUUUGCAUUUCCCCUGGCUGUGGUUACUUAAUGCCUUGCAGUAAAUGUGCAUACUGUACCCUUAGGAAACGCGCACGCGUGCGUGUGUGUGUGUGUGUGUGUGAUGACAAGAUAUUUUGAGUUGAUUGCUUAAGAUGUUGAAAGAUCUUUAUUUUAGAAUGAUGUGUACAUAUGCAUGUUUUGGGGACUUGGCCCUUCUGACAAGAGGCUUUGGCACUCUGGGUAAUGAAGCUUGCGCACAGUGGUGUCUGCUCUUACACACUAAACAAUAAUAUAAAGGAAAUGAAGCCAUGUUAACCUGAGAGCAAUGUCUCCAUAGCUGUGUGGUUUACAAUACUCCGUUCAUGGGUUUCUGUUACUCUGUCAUUCUCAACCGCUGCCCUUAGAGGCUUUCAGUUCUCUUUCUGUCAUGCCCCUUCUUACAUGAGCUCAAAAUUUUCUAACUUGUUUUUAUUUUGAACUUUUAAAAUGGACAUUUUCAAUAAAUAAAAUAAACUGUGCUUUUUAAAA